AUGAUGCGCCUGCUAGCGUUAGCGCUGUGCGUGCAGAGUCUAGUGCAGAUUCUGCCGAUGGCUAUGGCGAAACCUGACUUUGGCAUCAGCCUUACGAUCACGAGCAGUGGCAAGGUGUCGACGGCCGUCGAUGCGGCACAAUCCGUGCUGGAAGCGGUGGACGACAAUACACCGUUUACCGCUGAGGCCAACUACAAAGCACUGCAACCAUUGGCGAAUGUUAUGGAUAAGAUCGCAUCGGUGACAGUGGACCUGGGCGGUGAGCUGGUGCCACUCGUUACGAGCCUAGUGUCCGAUAUGUCCGGCGAUGUGUCUACAGUGUUCACCGCCGUGUUUACGAAGAUCACUGACGUUAAAACUGCGAUCAGUACGCAGCUUCCAACGGAUAUUGCAGAGAUAAAAAAUAUCUUCAAAACUCACUUCAACAGCCAAGGUCUCGACUACAUACCCAAGCAGCUAACCGAUGGUUUCAACCGGAUCGUGCAAGGAUUGGAUGAUCUCAAGGCGAAACUGCAGGCGCUCAAGAAGGCAAUCGAUGAUGCCGCUACCGAGGCUGGUGGUGUAGCGUCACUGACGGAUUCGCUAGUGAAGAAAUUCGUCAAACCAGCGUUCGUGUACAAUGUCGUGUUUUCCAUCAACCAGCUGAAGGCUUACCUGCCGUUAGUGAAGUUCACGAUCGACAGCACACUCGAGAACAUUAAUCUAGCCGACGAUUACCUGCUGCUGGUGUUCCAAGCUAUGCAACAGUCGGGCGAUAUUACAACAACGGCGAUUACGUCCGUAAAAACCGUAACGGACGCGAUAUCGGCCCAGGUUAAAACCGACCUUAACAUGUACUCCGAUGAUUUUGCCACUGUGAAGACCGACAUUGACGCACUCACACAAAUUCCCAACUCGCCAGAUAUUGGCAAGGUGAAAGAUGCGGUGGGCAGCUUUAGUACGGCAUUUGGAACACUCACCCCCACGCGCUAUCCGGCGAUGGAAGCACAACUGAAGAAGCUCAUCGAUACGAUUUCGAAAGCCCUUGCCGUGAAUUCCAAUCCCGGCCAGAUAUCGUCCGAUCUGCUCGAUAGUCUCAUUCUAACUGUGAUUGAGAAUGGCAAAUACGCACAGUUCUGUUUUAACAAGUAUUUCGGGCUGGUGUUUGGGUUCGUUACCUCCCUCGCGGACAGCGCCGGAUUGUGCUUUGACAAAGAGAUUCCACGCCUAAAGGUUCUGCAAGACACCUUAUCGAUUGCUAAGGAGCAACUGUGGACGGAUUUCUCGUCUAUGUCCGGGGAAUUGAUAUUGUGCGAUAUGUUAACACCCUCAUCGAAGCUGAACGAAUGUGUUCUCGCGGUUUCCGGGUUCUACAACGAUAUCGCCACACAGUUCGGGCUUAAGAUGCAGUUUUUGUUUGAUUUGAUUGAAUCAGAGACGGUGGCAAGCGCAAAUCGGUUCCUCAUUUGUGUUGAGCUGGUUAAGAUGAAUCUGGUGGAGAUCACCGAAACGACCCUAACCAACGAAAUCCGAAGCUGUGCUAAGGAUGGUCCAACGGCGGAUGACUAA